AUGGCCGAACUGAAUCAGAUCAGCUCGUUGAAUGCUGAAUUCGCAUUGGACUUGUAUGGCAAAUUAGCCGCAACUCACCCGGACGCUAAUUUGUUCUAUUCGCCGAUCAGCAUUUCUUUCGCACUUGCCAUGACGUAUUUGGGGGCCAGUGGCAAAACUGAAGAGGAAUUGAAAUCAGCUUUGAGGUUUGACAGAGUGAAUGAAAAAAACUUACACCCACUGUUCAAAGAGCUGAGAAACAACUUAUUGGACACGAAAGGAGUCUACAAGUUGCACAUGGCAAACAAAUUGUAUGGUGAGAAAAGUUAUAAUUUUCUCCAGGACUUUCUGCAACAGUGUAAUAGUUUUUAUGGUGCUGAAUUAGAGCCAGUUGAUUUUAACAAUCCUGAUGAAUGUGCACUGAAGAUCAAUGAAUGGGUAGAAGAACAAACCAACCAGAAAAUAAAAAACUUGAUUGCACCUGGAAUCCUCAACCCCCUCACUCGACUCAUCCUCAUCAACGCCAUCUACUUCAAAGGGGAUUGGAAUGAAAAGUUCAACAUCAAGGAUACGAAGGAAGAAGAUUUCUUCAUCAGUAAGACAAACAAAGUUAAAGUCCCAAUGAUGCACUUUCACAAGAAAAAAUUGAGGUAUAGUUUCUAUGAAGAACUUAAUUGCCAGGUACUUGAACUACCUUAUGUCGGCAAAUCUUUGAGUUUCAUUGUCAUCUUGCCAGACCUGAAUAAGACAAGUUUAUCUGAUGUAGAGAAAAAAUUGAAUGGGGAUGAGCUGUUCAAUGUUUCACAGCAUCUUUACUCGAGGGAAGUCCAACUCUGGCUUCCCAGGUUCAAACUAGAGACAAGCUUUGAAGCUAAUGAUGUUUUGAAGCAGUUAGGUAUCAUUGAUUUGUUCAGCGACAGUAGAGCAGAUUUGUCAAAGAUAGAUGGAACAAAAGAACUGUAUGUGUCAAAGGUGAUUCACAAAGCUUUUGUGGAGGUGAAUGAGGAAGGUUCUGAAGCAGCUGCAGCCACCGGUGUAGUCUUUGAGUUGCGUUGCGCAGUCAUCCCUAUGGAACCUGAGGUAGUCCGAGUUGAUCAUCCGUUCAUCUUUUUCAUCAAGGAUAACCAUUCAGGAGCUGUCCUCUUCAUUGGAAAGUUUAUGAAGCCAUGA